CGAUAAAGUUGCGAGUCGAGGUGGAAAAGUUGGGAAAAGAUUGGAAACGGGGCUUGCUUUCGGGGACUCAGGGAACGGAGCGCGAUUGGAAACGGCGGCCUUUGGAUUCUCAGGCGAUUCGACUCGAGGAGGCUCGACUGGCCUCGCGGCCGCGAGAUGGCGUACGACAUGCGACGCUGCUUUUGACGUUCGCGGACGAGUUUUUUUUUGGUUGGCCGUCCUUUGAGAGCGCGAGGAAGCGAUAUCGGGCGAUCUCGGCGCUGAAUCAAGACGCGGACGAUCGAGAAUGUUCAGGGAGGCGGUUGCCGCGACGCGAGCCGUUCGACUAAUCGGUAUUUCGAUUUCGAGUACGUAGUACUUGGCCCGAGGCGCGCACGAGGUCCCGCGAUUGGCCAGUUUACGAAAACGACGAUGGCUCCGUGAGGUGAGGAGAGAACAUGGCUGCGACGCAAGCCGAGAGCCAACAAAACGAUGUGAAGCUGAACGAGUCUGUGAAAUGCGCACAGAAGCGUACGCAAGUAGGUGGUGCGAAUAGUGCGAGUGCCAGUGCGAAGCAGCAGCUGGAUUCUGAGUCGGACGAUAAAGUGUCCCGGGGCGCGGCCCAGCUGCUUAAAUAUGUGAAUCGCGGCGGCGGCGGCGGGGACACGACGACGGGCUACGAGAUGAGUCAAUACCGCGAGGACAUUGGCGGACACGGUGCCGCCGGUGUCGGUGUCGGUGUCGGUGAGGUCAAGUCGCCGCGCGAGGCGCCCCAGGAGCCCGUCGGCAAACAGGAGGCGCACGACGCGCCCGGCCAUCCCGGCGCCCACCCGGGACAUCCGUUCGCGCCAAACGUUAACGUUAUGCGCGACUACGCCGACGAAUACAGCAACAACAAAUCUGCCAGCGAGGCCUUCGCCGCGACCAAAUCGCUCGCGGCCGCGGCCGCGGCCGACUAUCCGCCCGGCAAGCAGCUACCGGAGUACGUCACCAAGCACGCGGACUUUCCCGGCAAGCAGCUCGAUUAUGGUAAACACUUGAUGCACGAGAGCGAGCGGGCGCACCGGGCCGAGAUGGAGGAGCACUAUCCCGGCUCCAAGAUCGAGUCGCGCCUCGCCUACGCCAGCCCAGGAAACUUCUCCGGCCAGCCGAGGAGUCCGUUUCUCUCCGGACAGGGUAUGUCCCCGACCGCUGGUCCCACCCCGACGUUGAAUCAGUUGCUGCAGGCCUCCACUCCGUCGAUGCAUCGGUUUCACGGCAAUUAUCCCGGAAUGGGCUCCGAGCCGUAUCAGCAACCGUGGCCUAUGCAGAGGCCACCGGUCGUGCCACCGGUGUAUCCGCAACCUAGCCAGCGUCCUCCGCAAACGGGUUCGCCGAGAUUGCACGCGGGCCCAGGAGGACAGAGCUCUCCGACAUCUAUGCAGUAUCAACAAUAUGCCCAACGAUAUUCCUCUCCUACGAGACCUCACGCACCUUAUAGUCAUCAUCAGCUAAACUCUUAUACGACGCAAACCAGUCAUCCCUCAAGCUUAUACACGGAACAAAGGGGAUGGAAUCAAGGUGGUCCGCCAAAUCCACCUCCACCACCGAGUAAUCAGGUCACUCCAUCCGGUCAAUCGCCGCAACGAGCUCUGUCUCAGUCCCCGGCUCCACCACCAGCUGCAUCGCCACAACCACAAGCUACCGGUCAAUCUCAGGCUUUCCACAAUCUGCAACAGCGAGCUACGACACCAAAUACUCAAGGAAUUGAUUCUGGGGAAUUAUCAGGACAGAAUAGUAACGAUAGUUCGAAUGGACCAGCUUGCCCAGGGACACCGAAUUCUCAGGGGAUGAGACCUACCCCGUCGCCUACAGGAUCCACAGGUUCUCGCUCGAUGUCCCCUGCUGUUGGUCGGUCUUUUUUACGCCAACAAAACGUUCAGAUGCCUCCACGUCCGUCGAGUAGCCAGUCGGAUGGUAGUGGACCAGCACCACGCAUGAGUCAUUCUCCCAUGACCACUCAAGGGGCGUACCAACAACCAUUGGGUCCUUCGCCACACAUGCACAGCUACAAAAUGAACAACACUGGUCCUGGCGUAGUCCAACCGGGACCCGGCUCGACGGCUCUCGGUGGGAUCAGCCCAAUGGGUGGCGGGAUGAGCUAUGCAGCUGGUGGAACAGCUGCGGGUCAACCUGGGGGUUAUCACGCGCAAUCUACGUAUCCACCACCGCGUCCUCAUAUGCAGUUUCCACAAGGAUAUCCGACACCUGCAAACUCACAACCGCCACCCAAUAAUCAGUAUCAACCCCCCAAUAGACCCAAUAACUUGGUACAAUAUCCACCAUACACGCAUAAAAUGGGCUUCAACAGUGUACCACCAGGAAUGCCACCGAGUCCAGGACCACCGCAGGUUUAUGGAGCCGGUGGUGCAUCCGCGAUGGUGCCGCCAGGUGCUCCAGGUGUGCCCGUCAUCGGUAAUAUGGGACCGCCAGCAAGUUCCAUGGGCCCACCACCGCCGUCUCCUAAUCAUAUACCUAGCAACCAACCACCACCGCCUACUAGCUCGGCGGUACCGCACUUACACACUCCAGCGGCCACACCGCCGCUCAAUCAUGAAGGCAGUCCGAUGCCACCGCCAAGUACCACACCAAAUUCACAUCAAACUGCAUCAACACCGACGCCAAUCAGCCACAACUCUGCAGAUCUCACGGCUGAAACUUCCAACGACAGCGGUAUAACUACGACCGCUUCAGGUACGUCAGCUAUAAAUGUCAUAUCUACUUCGAGUGGUACUGUGACAUCUGUAAUAACGACAGGUCCAGAUGGCACAUCUCUAGAUGAAGGUUCACAACAGUCAACGUUAUCCAAUGCAUCAGCUGCUUCUGGUGAAGAUCCAACAUUUACGCCAAAAGUACGAAAGGAAAUGAUGGGAGGAUACCACAGCCAUCCUACAACACCACAGAGUACAGUUCCGUCUCCUGGUGCUGCGAGUAUUAAUUCGAUUCAUGAGGAAUAUUCAGACAUGAACAGUCCUGGUUGGCCGCGUACUCCUGCUAGUCCUGUAUUUAACAGUCAUGUGCCUCAAGACCCAUACAGAUCUAAGAAGCCAGAUAGUCUGGCAAAGUUAUAUGAAAUGGAUGAUUCGAUGGAGCGGAGAACCUGGUUGGAUAAGCUGGUCAAUUUCAUGGAAGAUCGAAGAACACCCAUCACUAGUUGUCCCACCAUCUCCAAGAACCCCCUCGAUCUAUUUCGGCUAUAUCUCUACGUGAAGGAGAGGGGGGGCUUCAUGGAGGUAUGCAAGGUGACGAAAAACAAAACAUGGAAGGAUAUAGCCGGCUUGUUGGGCAUCGGCGCGAGCAGCAGCGCAGCUUAUACAUUGCGUAAGCACUAUACAAAGCACCUGCUGGCAUACGAAUGUCAUUUUGAUCGCGGGGGAGUGGAUCCUCAACCCAUUAUUAAUCAAGUCGAAGCGGGGUCGAAGAAGAAGGGAUCCAAGGGAACUGCUUCCGUACCAUCGCCGGGUUCUUCCAAUUCUCAAGACUCUUUUCCCGCUGGCGGAUCGAGUAACGCUUCCAUGGAUGGCUAUGGAAGUUAUCAGGGUAGUUACGCGGGUGGUACACCUGGUGGUCCGUCGUCAGAAUAUACGCCACCGCCACCUAGGCCACCCAGUCAAAGCAGCGCACCUUCCGCUCAUCAGGGAAUACAACAAGGUAGUUACCAGAAUACGGGUUCCUAUCAAAAUUAUCCGCAAGAUCAAUACAUACGGCCGCAGACAAACACGCUGUCCCAGCAAGCGGAAUUUAAUCAACCAUACUCGCCAAGAUCGCAUUAUCCUCCAUAUGUACCGGAUGUCGACAGGGGAUACCCGAGUGGUAACAUGCCGCCGAGCAACGCUACUGGACAAGACAUGUACAACAGAUAUACUAGUAAUCAGCAGGGACCUACCAGCUAUCCCACAGGAACGCCUCCCAACGCGCGGAGUAACAGCUAUCCAUCGGGACCGCAGACUCAUCCGGCCACCGUGCAACAGCAAACGGUGACCAGUCAGCCUUCUUCACCUUCGCAACCACCAGCCGCAUCGUCAUAUUCGUGUCCACAAGAUUACUAUCGACAGGAACAAAGUGGGUAUGGUGCGCCUGCUGGAACACAAAUAUAUAGCACGAGUGGAUCGGCUAACAAGAAUAUGCCACCGCCUCCUCCGGGACCCAGCCAACCUAGACGUCACCCAGAUUUUGCCAAAGACCAACAGUAUCCCCAGUAUAAUCAGCAACGACCACCGUAUUCAGGAUGGCCAAAUACAACUAAUCAAUACAAUAGUAAUAGUGGAAAUAAUAGAGUUCAGUACCCAAGUCAGCCGACACAACCGCCAUCACAACAACAGCAACAACAACAACAGCAACAGGCAUCACAAGUCGGUUCCACCGCACCAGCACCCACGCCAGUCAGUGCUAUGACCAGUAGUCAGCAGUGGGCCAGCCAACCACCAAACAGGUCUUCGACUCAACCUUCUUUAAACGCUAUAGCACACGCGCCUCCGCCGCCGUGGGAUCAUCGUUACACGAAUCAACCGUCCCCUUCUUUAUAUCCGACACCAGGAAAUCAUCCGAAUCUCGGAGUAAAUCCUAUGAUCAGCCAGCAACCAACGUCAAAGAGAGAAAUGACAUUCCCUCCUGACAGUGUAGAAGCGAUUACGCCUCUUUUGUACAAGCGACGAAAAUUGACGCGCGCUGACGUGGCGCCAACAGAAGCUUGGCGCAUUAUGAUGUCUUUGCGAUCGGGCCUCCUCGCCGAAAGCUGUUGGGCUCUUGACGUAUUAAACAUUUUGUUAUUCGAUGACUCUUCUGUAAGUUACUUCGGGUUAGCGCACUUACCUGGAUUAUUGGAUGUUUUGCUGGAACAUUUUUCUCGUUCUCUAUCCGACAUGUUCGAAUCGUGCGUGAAUGACGACGACCGCUAUUGCCAGGCCACAAAUGGUCCGGAGGUGGAUCUUGGCGCAGUGACGCGCCCAAUCGAUCCAGAGGAUCGGACAAAACUGCUCUCGACAUCGAAUUACACGUAUCUCUCGAGAAGAGGUCGACCCGUCAAGAUCGUUCCUCGGGAUGAGGAUUUAUUUGUUCUAGAUACUCGGAGACCUUGGGAUCAUCAAGAGUGCGAAUCGGAGACCGAGCCGUGGCAAGUCGAUACGAACGCGACCAAAUAUAUCGUGACGUGUUUUCAGUCCGAAGUGGGCUCGGUGCCUUUUGCUCGUUUGCUGAGGGACGAGAAACCACCGUUGCUGCAGAAGGAGGUCGACAGCACGGAUUUAAAGGACGAAGCUAAAGCGGACAGCUUCAGUGGUAGUGUUCAUGAGACACUAGAUUUUACUUACAAAUCCGGCGAGCUCGGCGAUAAGCAGUCUAGCAAGGAGAGCGGUGAACGUAAACAGCAGUUGGACAAGAAAAAAAAGACAAAGACUCUGAGCGACGUAUUGUCGAGGAUUAAGAAAGAACCCGUAGAAAUGAAUGAUCUCACGAGGGAGCUAUUCGAGAAGAAAAAUGAUGGCUUUAAGAAAGAUUGCGACAGCGAGACGACGAAACCGAACAACAAUAUGGGCGAGCACUUUGGCAGCGAUAUGUCAAAGGUGAACGACGAGGAUUCUCUGCCCACGCAAAAUGGGUUGAACGAUCCGACAGCAACGACGACAGCGAGUAACGUCGACAAUACCAUAGACAAAGCUGAGAUCAAGACAGAGACAUUGGAAGAGCACGAACUAGAAAACAUGACGAGAGAUGACAAGGAGGGACCAAGUUUAAAGAUAAGAGAUCCGGCAGGAACGCUGAAACGACGGAGGAUAAGCGACUACGAGGACGAGAGUUACUCUAGAGACGAGGCGAGCCUUUACCUGGUAACGGAGACGCAGGACAACUUGGCCCGCCGUUGCGUGUGCCUGUCGACGAUCUUGAGGAAUCUCACCUUUAUCCCUGGCAACGAGGUUGAGUUUGCAAAGAACGUCACGUUUCUCAGCUUACUUGGCAAAUUGUUGCUACUACACCACGAACACCCGGUACGGGCGCAAAAGACACGCAACUACGAUCGCGAAGAAGACGCCGAUUUUGCAGAUUCAUGCAGUAGUCUGCAGGGUGAGAGCGAGUGGUGGUGGGACUUUCUGCAUCACGUGAGGGAGAAUGUUCUCGUGAUGGCCGCCAACAUAUCCGGCCACAUGGAUCUGAGCCAGCAUCCGGAGGAAAUCUCGCGGCCGGUGCUCGACGGCCUCUUACAUUGGGCCGUAUGCCCGGCCGCGCACGGUCAAGAUCCGUUCCCGACGGUCAGCCCAAACUCGUCGUUAUCGCCGCAAAGACUCGCGCUUGAGGCAUUGUGCAAAUUAUGCGUGACCGAGUGUAACGUUGACCUGGUGGUGGCGACGCCGCCCUAUUCUCGAUUACAGAGAUUAUGUUCCGUACUGACCAGGCUCCUCUGUCGCAGCGAGGAGCAAGUGCUGCGCGAGUUCGGCGUGAAUCUACUACACUUUCUGUCAGCCGCGGACAGCGGCGUCGCGCGUACCAUUGCCCUGCAGACGCCGUGCGUGGCGUUGCUCGUCGCGUUCAUCGAGCAGGCGGAAUCGAGCGCGCUUGGUGUCGCCAAUCAACACGGUCUCGCGGCCUUGCGCGACAAUCCCGAAUCGAUGGGCACCAGCCUCGACAUGUUGCGACGUGCGGCUGGCACGCUGCUCAAUCUCGCCAGGCAUCCGGAUAACCGGACUCUCCUUCUACAACACGAGUCUCGCCUGCUCGCAUUGGUGAUGAGCCAGAUCCUGGAUCAGCAAGUCGCCGCGAUAGUCGCACGCGUGUUGUUUCAAUGCUCGAGGGGCACGUAACUUUCUAUCGUUUGUCGGGACACUAUGCGAUAUAUUAUUAUUAACGGUGCCGACAAUGAUUAAUAAAAUAUACACGACGUUGUGAUGGUAAUAUGUGUAUGAACGGAUGUAGAGUGCGUGGAAAGCGGAAAUGAAAAAGUAAAAAACUUUAAAAGAAAGAUAGAAAAACAGAUGUAAUUGACAAAACAAAUGAAAGAGAGAGAGAGAGAGAGAGAAAGACACGCGCAUAGCGAGAGAGCGCAUACGAGUGAAGGAACAAAAGUGCUGAUGAAAACCAUGGCAGCGCAAUUGUAGUUUUAUAUCGAUUAAACAAGAAAUAAGAAAGUUUAAUUAUUGGUGUUAGCGUGUAGGUAUACCCGAUGCGAUCUCCGCCUAUCGGUAUACCUUCCCCUUCGUGAAUUGGAAUAAUAUCGAUAGUGUAAGAUAUUUCAUAGUUAAUGAAAGAAAAAAGAUACAUAUACACACACACACCAUACAACACAUGCAAACACAUACCAGACACACACACACUCACAUAUAGAAAAUACACGUACACACAGAUUCAUGUACACACCAGGCACAUACAACGUAAUCCGUGUACUUGUAGCAGAUACACGCGCGCAAACGCGAACGCGUAUAUGCAGAUACACAAGCACACACGCAGUAUAAAGGGAAAAAAACGAACUUUCAUACACAAGAGACAACGGUCAACUGCAUAAUAGUAUAUAUAUAUAUAUAGCAUGCUUGGUAUAUAUAUAUAUAUAUAUAUAUACCAAGAAGUAUAUCGGCGAACCUUAAAUGGUGCGAUGUGGGACGAUAUAUAUAUAUCGGAUGAUGAUUAUAUAUAAAUAUUAAACGAUAAUAUAAUGCAAAUUUUUAUAUUUGCAUGUUUUGUGCUGUAAUUAGCGAGUAAUUAAGAUAUUUUGUAGAUAACACACACUUCCAUUGAAUCUUAUUCGAUUUUUGUGCUACGGCUACGGUGGCGCAAAUAUACGUUUGCGGUCGUAGGACCGCAUAAAAGUCUCGACUUUUAGGAGCACAGGCAGAACUAGAACUGAAGAAAGACAUUGCUAGAAGAGAAAAAAUAAUGUGACAUGUGUGAUAAAACCGCUGAUUGAAGUGAAAGGGAGAGAAAGAGAAUGCGAGAGAGCGAGAAGGAAAAAAGGAGCAUGCGUGCGUGCGCGUGUGUGUUUAUGUAUUGCGUGUAAUAUUUGCGUGUGUGCAUGCGUGUAUGUAUGUAUGUAUGUAUAUAUAUAUAAUGUUGAGAUUCAGAAAAAGAGAAUGAGAGAGAGAGAGAGAAAGGAACGCAAAAAUAUAGAGAAAGAAAGUGAAAGAAUGAGAGGAAAUAUUUGAGAUAAAAUGUAGAGACCGGAGAUACAUGUUCGCCUACAUUCGCGCAUUCGAAAAAUGCUUGUGUACGAAUGCAUAUGCGACACGUGCAUACAAUGCACACUUUGGAACGUAUGCAUAUAUAUAUGCGUGCGCUAAUGUAAAAGAUGGCUUUAGAGAAAAAAGAAAAAUGCGGGAAUGCGUGCAUGCGAGUGUGCGUGCAUGUAUGCGUGCGUAUGUAUGCACGGAGGAUGGGGGUGCCGGUAGAAAAAGGGGUGGGGAUAGUGUCUGUGAAAAAGAGAAAGAAAAUAUGCAGCUUGCGACAUUAAGUAAUUGAUUCAUUUAAAUAAUUACUUAAAUUAUUAAUUUUACAAAUGGUUAUUUAAAUAGUAGGAGAUUUUACAGUUUCAAUAAAAUUUUUUCCUUCGUUUCUUUUUUUUUUUUUUUUUUAAAGAUGACUUCUUGUAAAAGAGAGAGUUGAAAGUAGCAGAUCCAAUUAAAACUGCAGUCUUUUUGGAAAAUAAACGUAUUUAUUAAAAUGCCGUUGUGAUAACGAAGAAAAAAAAGACAAAAAAAGAAGCAGAAAGAAGAGAAAGCCGGAAGAUGAGCCGGAAAAAACCAACCAUUGUAGAAACAGACAGAAACUGGACGAUAAUGUAGAAACGAAUAUAUUAAAAUGGAUGAAAAAAAAAAAGAAAAAGAAUUUUUAAAUUUAAGCUCGAUCGUGCCAUUAACGAUUCUAAUGGAAAUAAUAUAUUUAUAACCAAGAUUUUAUGCUUUUUCAAAGCGCGCAUACGUUAUUGUAAAAUUAACAAAUACCGAUAUAUUGUCAGCUUGCACAUAUUUUGAUGAUUCUUACAAUACGUACAUUUAUCUGUAAUUGUAAAAUCCCACUCUUGCGCAAGAGAAAGUUGCAGAAAAGAAGAAAAAAAAAGAAAAGACGCAUUCGCGAACUCGUCGCACACCUUCCACUGAUAUAUUUCCUCGUUUCGUAGAGAGAAUGAAUUUAUAAGAGACGGAAUGAGGUUUAGUUUUCACGCGACGUGUUGUAGCCGUUUAAAAAACGACUCGAAUUCUCGUCGGAGAUACGAUUAGAAACGAUUCUAUUGAAAUAAUAAGUUAAACAGAACACUUUCCCUGGUCCCAGCUUCUCCCCGACCCCAAAGUAUCCUAUUCUAUAGAUAUCUAAAUACAUGUAGUUCUUAAAUUAUUUACUUUAGUUCGAGUGGAGAUGCCUGUAAGUGUAAUUUACUAAGACUUUUUGUAAAUAAAUUAUGAAAUAAACUAGACGUACUUUAUCCAAGAUGAAGAUGCGAUCUGACUUAAGGCAUAAAAUAUAACGAUAAUAAAACAAGU